UCUUUAAUUUAGUGUUUUCAGUUAGAGUUCUGAAUCGACCGGUUACGGUUUAUUGUUACUCUAAUCUAGCGAAAGUCCAAACAUUUACUAAGGACACGCAGUUUUGUAUUAUCCCUGACGUUCCAACUAUAAUUUGUGAUUAAAAUUUGUGCGUUUAAAAUGGUGCAACCGUCGAAUUCUGUGUGCGCCAAUAACUCCGGCAAUAACAAUAACAGCAGCAUUGAUAUUUCCAAUAUAAUCAGCUUGGUAUUAGACAUAGCACUGCUGAUAUUUAAGUUCUGGGUUGCGAUAAUCCAGUCGAUAGUUUGGACAUUUGUGCCACAAGAGAUCGAUGUCAAAGGUCAGACUGUACUGAUCACCGGCACCGGACAUGGCAUUGGCAAGGAGCUCGCCCUGCAGUACAGCGCACUUGGCGCUAAGCUCAUCUGCUGGGAUGUGAAUGAGGAGGGCAAUCAGCAGACAGUCAAGGAAAUCAAGGCUUACGGUGGGGAGGCGUACGCUUAUACGUGCGAUGUAGCGAAACGCGAUGAUAUCAACGUCUUGGCUGAGAAGGUCAAGCAAGAGCAUGGCUUUAUCAAUAUUGUUGUAAAUAAUGCUGGUAUUAUGCCCUGUCAUCCAAUUCUUGAACACACCGAGACUGAGAUUAGAUCUAUGUUCGAUAUUAAUGUGCUGGCGCACUUUUGGGUUAUCCAAGCUUUCCUCCCCGAUAUGCUGGUACGCAACGAAGGGCAUUUUGUCGCUUUGUCAUCGUGUGCUGGUCUCUUCGGAGUACCUAAUUUGGUGCCUUAUUGCGGUACAAAAUUCGCUGUACGCGGUUUCAUGCAGGCGCUGAGCGAGGAAUUGCUGCUCAAGAAUCCACAGAAUAAUAUUAAAUUUACCACCAUCUAUCCAUACAUGGUCGAUACCGGUCUCUGCAAGCGUCCACGCUAUCGCUUCCCCAACCUACUCCACCUAGUAAAGCCCUCAGACGCGGCAGCGAGCAUCAUUCGGGCACAACGCACCAGCCUGGAGCACGCCAGUGUACCACGAGCAUGGUUGUAUGUGGAAAAAAUUGGACGUUUACUGCCACGUAACGCUAUGCGUUUAAUUGAUAGCUUCCUCGACUUUGGCGUGGACUCAGAUAAAUGAAGGAGGACGUUGGAAAUUCGAUAAAUGUUAAGCGAUUUUUCAUAAAAAAAGUAUAGGCCGUAUUUAUAUGCCAUUUUGUUUUUUUUCAUAAAAUACCAAAAAUUUAGACCUUAUAAGGUUCAUAGUUUUUUUCUGCUGUUCUCUGUUUCUUUAUUUAACAUAGGAAUAGCUUGAAAUGGAUGAUAAGUUUUUUUGAGAAUAUAUAAUUAACACUUCGAAUUCGCUGAGGAAGUGAAGCAUAAAUACUAGGUUAAAGAAAGAAACAGAGAACAGCAGAAAAAACUAUGAACCCUAAAACCCAUUAGCUAAUUUCUUGCUACUGACCAUUAAAAAGGAAAGAGCAAUAUAUCACUGAACAGCCUCAAAUAUAACCUUGAGCUUGCUUAGUUUUAAAUUGGUUUAAAGUUAUAUAGUACAUUGAACAACCAUAUUCAAUAAAUAAAGAUAUAUUAACAAAAAAU